AUGGCGUCCACCAAUAUUGCUACCCGGGAGUUGAAGAACCCGAUUGACCUUACAGAAUACUUGUUCCGCCGUCUCCAUGAGGUCGGUAUUCGCGCCGUGCAUGGUGUGCCCGGUGACUACAACCUUGUGGCAUUGGACUACCUGCCCAAGUGUGACCUCACAUGGGUUGGAAACUGCAAUGAACUCAACGCUGGAUAUGCUGCCGAUGGCUAUGCCCGUGUCAAGGGAAUCAGUGCUCUGAUUACCACGUUCGGUGUGGGAGAGCUGUCCGCCCUCAAUGCCAUCGCCGGUGCAUACUCUGAAUUCGUGCCCAUCGUUCACAUCGUCGGUCAGCCCACCACCCAGUCGCAGAAAGAUGGAAUGCUGCUCCACCAUACCCUCGGAAAUGGUGAUUUCAAUGUCUUCAACAAGAUGAGUGAAGGGAUCUCUUGCGCCGUUGCCCGCCUGACCAACCCCCUCGAUGCGGCGACCCUCGUUGAUAACGCGAUCCGGGAAUGCUGGAUUCGCAGUCGCCCGGUUUACGUCACUUUGCCAACUGACAUGGUUCACGCAAAGGUCGACGGUGAUCGUCUGCAGACACCAAUUGAUCUUUCACUGCCCAAGAAUGACACCGAGAAGGAGGAUUACGUGGUCGAGGUUGUCCUGAAGUAUCUCCAUGCGGCCAAGAACCCCAUCAUCCUAGUCGAUGCCUGCGCCAUUCGGCAUCGCGCAUUGGAAGAAGUUCGUGAUUUGGUGGAAAAGUCUGGUCUGCCAACCUUUGUGACUCCCAUGGGUAAGGGAGCGGUCAACGAAAGCCACAAGAACUUCGGAGGUGUCUACGCUGGAACUGGAUCUAACCCUGGAGUUAGCGAAGCUGUCGAGGCUUCUGACCUCAUUCUCAGCAUCGGUGCGAUCAAGUCUGACUUCAACACUGCUGGAUUCACCUAUCGCAUCGGCCAGCUGAAUACCAUUGAUUUCCACAGCACCUUUGUUCGAGUUCGGUACUCGGAGUACCCAGACAUCAACAUGAAGGGUGUGCUGAGGAAGGUUGUCCAGCAAAUGAAGGCUUUGAGCCCUGCACCAGUGCCUCCUAUCAACAACCGCUUGCCUGAGGAGGAGAAGACUUCCGCCGACCAGACCAUUACUCAUAAGUGGCUCUGGCCAAUUGUGGGACAGUGGUUGAAGGAAAAGGACAUUGUUCUCACCGAGACUGGAACUGCCAACUUCGGUAUCUGGGACACGCGCUUCCCUGCUGAUGUGACCGCCAUCAGUCAGGUCCUUUGGGGAAGCAUUGGGUAUUCCAUGGGAGCCUGUCAGGGUGCUGCUCUUGCUGCCAAGGAGCAGAAUGAUCGCCGAACAAUCCUGUUCAUCGGUGAUGGAAGUAUUCAACUGACCGUGCAAGAGUUGAGUACAAUUCUAAAGAACAAGCUGAACCCCAUUGUAUUUGUGAUCUGCAACGAAGGCUACACUAUUGAGAGAUACAUCCACGGCUGGGAUGCAGGUUACAAUGACAUUCAACCCUGGGACUUUGCCAACAUCCCCAAGGUCUUUGGAGCCAAGGAUAACUACCAGGGUUACCGCAUCAAGACCCGUGAUGAGCUCAACGAUCUGUUUUCCGACGAGUCCUUUAAUGUCUCUGAUAAGCUUCGGUUGGUUGAGCUGUACAUGCCUCGUGACGAUGCCCCGGCAGGCCUCAAAUUGACCGCCGAGGCAGCUGCCAAGCGGAACGAAUGA